AUGUUUUCUGAACAAAGUUACUCGAGGCUCUUCAGGCCUUGGGACGUGAGUGAUAGUAAGAAGGAUGGACAGUCACGUUGUGAUAUUUCUGGCGACGUAGAAAAUAAGACAACAAAAAGAAAAAUGGACGAAGCAAAAAGGGAAAGUCGACUGCGGAAAAUUCGCGGCACCUUUAGAAAAUCUGAUACGAGUCAUCAAGACGCCACCGUCUCGACUACCACUAGAGAUGGUGAUGAAGACGUAAAGACUGCAACUAUAACGGAUGUAAAUUCACCUGUUGAAAAAUUAACAUUGUGCUGCGACCGACUUCUACCAGAACCUCCUUUAGAAAAGAAAGAAAAAGUUGAAAGGCCGACGGAGAUCGACAUAAAACCUCAACCUUAUCAGUUGCCACAGAUGUCAGCAUACAGUCCGUCGUUCAUGCAGGAGUACUUACCGACGGCGGACAUAGCGCACGCACUGGGCGUGCCUCCGACGGACCCACUACUCCUGGAAUCCCUGGCACAAGGUUACGCGAUGGAGCUGGAAUACGCAAGAAUCCUACACCAAGAAAACGAAGCUAAGAUCAACGCUAAAAAGCAAAGACCAAAGAAGUAUAAAUGCCCGCAUUGUCACGUUGGCUUUUCUAACAAUGGUCAAUUAAAGGGUCACAUAAGGAUUCACACUGGCGAGAGACCUUACAAAUGUGAUGAGAAGAAUUGUGGGAAGACGUUUACUAGGAACGAGGAGUUGACGAGGCAUAAGAGGAUUCAUUCUGGUGUCCGGCCUUAUCCGUGUUCGACGUGCGGGAAGAAGUUUGAGGUCCUUCUAGGGGAUCUUCAUCUGCGACAUGUGGCUGUAAUAUAA